CCACACCUCUUGCACACGUGGGUAAAUAUGGCGACCUCUUUGGAAGAGCCUACUAGUUCUGAAGCUGGUGCAUUUGAAGAGGUUAGGUCAAAAAGAAAAAGAAAGAAGACGGAAAUGGAAUUAGAAGGAGUAGGGACUGAAACAAAACGACCUUCUUUCCCUCCCAUUGAUGCCUCGUCUGUUCUAGGUGUUAAACCAGAAUUUCGUAGCAUACCUGUCCCACCUCACAGAUUUAGUCCGUUGAAGGAUCAGUGGAUGAAGAUAUUCACGCCAAUUGUUGAGCAUCUGAAGCUUCAGAUUAGGCUCAACCUAAAAAAGAAACAUGUUGAGAUCAAAACCUCACAGCACACGACUGAUAUUGGGUCUAUACAGAAAGGAGCUGAUUUUGUGAAGGCAUUCAUGCUUGGGUUUGAAAUCGAUGAUGCUUUAGCCCUUGUAAGGUUAGAUGAUCUUUUUGUUGAAACUUUUGAAGUACAAGAUGUUCGUUCAUUGAAAGGUGAUCAUCUCUCAAGGGCUAUUGGUAGGAUUGCUGGGACUGGAGGGAAAACUAAAUUUACAAUUGAGAAUGUGACAAAGACCCGUAUUGUAUUGGCUGACAGCAAGAUUCACAUUUUGGGCUCCUACCAGAACAUCAGAGUGGCAAGACAUGCCAUAUGUAACCUGAUAUUGGGCAGUCCUCCUUCUAAAGUUUAUGGGCAAAUGCGUUCCCUAGCUAGCAGGACUGCUGAGAAGUUAUAAGAGGUCGUGCUCAAACUAUCAUGAUAUCUCCGUUUCAAAAUAUUAUGUUAAUUGUUUUAUAACAUGAACUUUUUUCUCUAAAAAUCUGCUCGGCAGAUAAAAUGUAUAUAUAAUUAUUAUUUAUAAUAAAUUAUAAUACAAAUCUGAUUGUUAUGAUGAGCGUAUGUGUGUGUCUGUAGUCCAAGAGAAUGAAAGAGAGGGAGAGAGAGAAAUAAGAGAAGAGGAUUGAUAUCAUUACAGAAGAAUUAUCUUAAUACAUGACUAUCAGUAAUAUUAUGUGAAUGCACAUAACGUGCAUACAUUAAUUGUCGUCUCUCGUCUUAAUAGUACAAAAACUACAUGAGAACAAGUUACUAGAACAAACUGCUCUGAUUCGUUCACAGUCUUAUUGACGACACCGAAUGAACAGUGUGCAAAUGGUCACACCAAUGAUUUCUCUUACAGGAGCUGUAUGGCGACAGCCGAGAGAAAAAGAUUACGAAUGCCCUCCGACUUUAACCGGCCAUGACGACCAUCUUCCCAUUAUGUCACUGUCAAAUACUGGACUUGAGGGUCCCUCAAUGGCAGAGCCUGAGUAUACAGUACUGACUGCUGGUAGGCUGACUUUACGAUCUAUUAUAGCCGCAGUGAAUGAUGAUGGUAUCUGAAAUCUUUUCUUACUUGAGCCUGGAGUCUGCUUCUUGUUGUCAGGAGAUUGUCUCUUAGGGAAAGACGGUGAGGAUAUUUUUCUCCUUGUUUUGGUGACUGUCAAACCUUGCUCUCGACUGCUAGGACUCUCUGAAAAUAUCUCGUCCAAUGGAUUACUGUCUUCUCCACUGUCACUGCUAAACGGGUCGUAUUCAUCAAUGUCAGCUCCUGUGGACCCACCGCUGCCGUUCUUCCGAGACUCGCUCCUCAGUGAGCGAUACCAUUCCUCGGCUGUCCCUCUGUUGCUGAAUCUAAGUGUGUAAGAGCAUCUCCCCCUGCAUCCCUUUGAGAUUAACUCUAUUGGCAUGGUCGCCUCUGCACUGCAUUCUGCCCCACGUCGGACGCAGCAACUCUUGAGCCAGAGCAUGCCCUUCGGCUCGCCGUCUUGUUUCUUGUACCAGACAACGAAGGACUCGGAGGAGUUUGUGUAGAGACUGAAGUAACACUGUCGCACUUUCCUGCUCCCUCCUUUCCCUGUCUUGCCGCAGAAUGAACAGCUCGGGUAGCUCAUGGAGACUUGGCCCAUCUUUACUUGAGUGCUCAUGUGUAUGGAGGAGAAAACGUUCUGGCGGAGUAGUUCAUCUGAUCCAGGCUUACUCAUGAUUCCUUUUGAUGAAAUCUUGCUUACAACAAGCUUCAAGUCUUUCUUUUAGUUUGCUCU